CAUUGGAUUUGUAAUUUCAUUUGAGAUUCAUUGAAACAUGUCAAAGUCGUUAUUUCGAGUGGUUGUAUUCAGUACCAAAAACUAUGAUCAAAUUGGUCUGACUGAAGCUCUUGGACGUUCUUCAGAUGCUGCUCCCAUCUCUUUUCGCUUUCUAUCUUCAAGACUGUCUGCAAGUACUGCUGAACUGGCCAAAGACGCAGAAGCUGUUUGUGUUUUUGUGAAUGAUACAGUGAAUAGUGAAGUUCUGAAGAUUCUACAUGACAAAGGAAUCCAACUAAUAGCUUUGCGUUGUGCAGGCUUUAAUAAUGUAGAUCUAAAAGCAGCUUCAGAAUUGGGCAUUUCUGUAGUUCGAGUUCCUGCUUAUUCUCCCAAUGCAGUUGGAGAGUUUGUUGCUGCUCAGUUACUUACUUUGGCUAGAAAGAUUCACAAGGCAUAUAAUAGAGUACGAGAGAACAAUUUUGAUUUGCAAGGAUUGGUUGGAAUUGAAAUUCGAGGAAAGAAAGCUGGCAUAGUGGGUACUGGCAAGAUUGGCGUUGCAACAGCCAAGGUUUUGAAAGGACUGGGUUUGGAGUUGUUUGGUUUCGAUGUAUUUCAUAAUCAAGAGUUUAUUGAUUUGGGUGGUCAGUAUCUUUCGUUGGAUGAAUUAUUAUCACAGUCAGAUAUUGUCAGUUUACAUUGUCCAUUGAAUGAGAGUACAAAGUAUCUUAUCCGUUCUGAAACGAUUGCUAAAAUGAAAUCUGGAGCUUAUCUUAUCAACACAAGUAGAGGAGCCUUGUUGGAUACUCAAGCAGUAUUGGAUGCUUUAUAUUCAGGACAUAUUGGUGCUUUGGCAAUCGAUGUUUAUGAAGGAGAAGGAGAUUUAUUCUUUGAAGAUCGUUCGGGUGCCAUUGUUCAUGAUCCAAUAUUAGCCAAACUCCAAGCCUUGCCCAAUGUAUUAGUAACUGGUCAUCAAGCAUUUCUUACGGAUGUGGCUUUGAGAAAUAUUUGCAAUAUUACUAUCGACAAUUUAUCCAAUUUUUAUUAUCAAAGGCCUCUUAAGAAUAAAGUCGAUCCUAAAUAAAGAUGGGCUUCCAAAUAAUAAAUAUGAAAACUUAUUC